CGCGCCGGCCACAGCAGGCGCCGUUCCCGAUCUUGCCGGAUUAAUAAAUGCCCUGAAACCAUGAAGUAAAUCACACACCACUCUUGUAUAACUAAAUAGCAUCACACUAUGUAUACAUAUGUGCUGGGAAAUGCAUAUACGAGCACCAUCACGUAUAUGUAUUAAGGCAGAGCGAUACAUAUGUCCUAUACAUUUAAAACUCCCAUUAUUAAACACUGCUAAUUAAAAAGAGAGGAUAAGGCUUGUUGUCCUGCCUGGGAGCUCACCACGGCACCGCCCCCGCCACGGCCUGAGCGGGGACUCCUCACGCCGCCCAGCCUCCCUCGCCAGCCUCCCUCCGUCAGCUGGUGCGCGUGGGCUGACAUUUGUGAACCCGUGUGUGUGUCGCUUUCAUUUGCGUGUGUCUUGUGUUUCGUGUUCGUCUUCCGCGCCGCAGGUGCAAAAAACUGCGGCGGUUCAGGUGUGAGAAACAUUUUGAAGCCGGUGUGAGGGUGAGGUGACAGACAGACACACUCAGCCACCCGCCAUGACCUUGACUGAGGGAGAGAGGAGAGAGCACCGAGGCACACCGGGAGAGUAAACCCUUGCCUGUGUCCCUCGCUCUCUUUCUCUCCUCCCUUCACCUCUCACUCCUCUCACUCCCCGGGAACUGAAGGCGUGUUGAGAGAAAGAUAACUGUAGAAAAAUAAGGUAAAAAUGAGGACAUGAUGGACUUGAGUUGAAUUACUUGUACAUCUUGCGUGAAAAUUCCAAGGGGCGAAGCAACCCAGUGAAGUCCCCUUGUGUGUGCCCCGCCCCUCCCCUCCCCUCCCGCCCCGCAGCCCCUGGACAGAAUGCGGGUCUGCCAAAGAGGACGAAGGGCGCGCGCCUCCUCCAGGUUGCUUAGAUUUCUGGCGGUGGGCGUGGCUCUGGUGUUGGCCCUGUGUCCUGAAGAAGGGACGUGCGGGAACCCAGACGCUAAGAGGCUGUAUGACGAUCUGCUGUCCAACUACAACAAGCUGGUGCGGCCCGUCAUCAACGUGUCCGACCCCCUCGUGGUGAAGAUCAAGCUCAAGCUCUCCCAGCUGAUCGAUGUGAAUCUGAAGAACCAGAUCAUGACUACCAACUUGUGGGUGGAGCAGUUCUGGUACGACUACAAGCUGAAGUGGGACCCCGAGGAGUACGGAGGCGUGUUGAUGCUGCACGUGCCUUCUGACCACGUGUGGCGGCCUGACAUUGUGCUCUACAACAAUGCUGAUGGUAACUUCGAGGUGACGCUGUCCACGAAGGCCACGCUGCACUACGACGGCCUGGUGGAGUGGAAGCCCCCCGCCAUCUACAAGUCCUCGUGCGAGAUAGACGUGGAGUUCUUUCCCUUCGACGAGCAAACCUGCGUCAUGAAGUUUGGCUCCUGGACCUACGACGGCUUCCAGGUAGACCUCCGACACAUAGACGAGAAGAAGGACAACCCCGUGGUGGAGAUCGGUGUUGACCUGACUGAGUUUUACACCUCCGUGGAGUGGGACAUUCUUGCGGUGCCGGCCAUCAGGAACGAGAAGUACUACACGUGUUGCAACGAGCCUUACCUGGACAUCACCUUCAACAUCACCAUGAGGCGCAAGACACUUUUCUACACCGUCAACCUCAUCAUCCCCUGCAUGGGCAUCUCCUUCCUUACAGUGCUCGUCUUCUAUCUGCCCUCUGACUCCGGCGAGAAGGUGAGUCUGUCCAUCAGCAUCCUCCUCUCCCUCACCGUGUUCUUCUUGCUGUUAGCUGAGAUUAUCCCGCCAACGUCUCUGGUGGUGCCGCUGCUCGGGAAAUUCGUGUUAUUUACUAUGAUAUUAGACACGUUAAGCAUAUGUGUGACGGUGGUGGUCCUCAACGUCCACUUUCGCUCGCCGCAGACCCACUCGAUGGCGCCGUGGGUGCGGAGGGUGUUCAUUCACAUCCUGCCGCGCCUGCUGGUCAUGCGGCGCCCACAGUACCAGAUGGAUCGACACCGCACCCUCAGAAGCCUCUUUGCCAAGACCAAGGCUGGCAUGCUGCGCUCCUGCAAUGGCGGGGACAUGAGGGACGCCUGCAACUACUACUCCUCUGAGUCCUUCCAGGAUUCACGCGAAAACUCCUUCAGGAGCCAGCAGGAGCUGCGGGACGCCAUUCGGGAGGGACUCAUCUACAUGGACAUGGCUGGCAGCAGACCGCGCUCUCCACACAGCGAGUACUCCCCCAGCCGUGACAUUGAGGCUCUGGGCAUCAACGGUGGCUGCAAGAUCCAUGGACCAGCAGUGCUAGCAGAUGACCUUGGCGUGGGGCUCAACGGCAACGUGGGAUCGCCAGGCCGGGGCACCACGGACAAUGGCAGCACCCAAUACUGUCCCGAGGUGAUGAAGGCCUUCGAGGGCGUCAAGUUCAUCGCUGAGCAUACCCGUCGGGAGGAGGAGUCCUGCAAGGUGAAAGAGGACUGGAAGUACGUGGCUAUGGUGCUUGACCGCCUGUUCCUGUGGAUCUUCACGCUGGCGGUGCUGCUGGGCACAGCUGGCAUCAUCCUGCAGGCGCCCACCCUGUAUGAUGACCGCAUCCCCAUUGACAUCCUCUACUCUGAGAUUGUGGCGGCCGGCGACCAUGGCACCAAGAACACCCCUAACCCUGCCAAUGUGACCUGAGUCCAGCCACCACACUCCACCGACGCCAUCAACACCACCAACACCACCACCUUCCAACUCACACCCAACUCUCUCCAUGAACUCUCCAGCACCGCACACCCCAAGCCAUCAGACCCAACGAGCUUCAACCAUUUGUCUCCUGCACAGUGACAAAGCUGGCCUGCUUCAUGCCUCUAGAUGGGAACAACCCAGCUAGGCAUUGACAGUAUCUGGGAGUGUGUGGCACAGGAGAGAGAUAUGCCAGGAGAGGCUGAGCUGCUGCUCCCUAUGGUUGUUCAGGUCGUCAGGUUCACCAAAGCUUCAGCUCAUGUUCUUGCAUGAACAGUAGAGUUGUGUCUCGGCUGCGGUGAUCCUCAAGCUCAACCAUUGAAGGACUUGUUGAGGGGAAGUGCUGGUGAUGGUACACUGACAGGUAGUUUCCUUGUAAAUGGUUGUUAAGUUGCUCAAAGACAGUGACAGAUUGUGUGGAUGACAACCUGGAAAUACAAAAAACUUGUCAGCUGUGCAUAAAAUGAUUAUUCCUGUUUGAGUCACCAGUACCAGGAAAACAAUCAUGUGUGUGAAAACUUGUGCAGACAUAUAAGAAAGUAUCUACAGCUUUUGUAUCUGAUUUGUUUGAAUUAUUUUAGUGUGCAUGUGUGAGUGAAAGUGCAUAUAUGCAGGCAUGAUUUAUUCAUAGAGCUGCUAAGGAGUUUGCAUACCAGUAAAUGAAAUCCUGAGUGCACAAAUACUGCCUGAAGGACAGUGGUCUUGAUGCGGCUGGUGCGGCGUGCCACCGGCCCAAAGGUCCCCACAACUCUUGGUCUCAGCAUUGAGCCGGCGUGCUCACGAUGUAGAAGAUGGUCCACAUUUUCUAUGAAAGUAUGCAUUAUAUUUAUAGAAAAAACUCUGGUGUAGGCAUAGAUAUGCAUAUAUCAAUUUUAUAUUUAUAUACAUGGUAUAAGGUCUGCCAGCAUGCCACUACAGUGUCCCCGAGGACCACCAGUCAGUGAGUCAUGAGGGCUGCAGCUUGUGUUGGGUGCAUCAGCUUGACACACAAGCUGGUCACCAGUCAGACAUCAUUAUGCUGGUUGGAAAUGCCAAAGACUAUCAUCUGUUGCCACACUGGCAAUACCACUUAGUGUCAUGUGGUUGCCAGCCAUCUGCACCACACUCACAGAAGAUCAGACAGCCCUCCAUACUGCCAGCCUGUCUCCUCACCCUCAGCUACUGUGUGUCCUCCAGUGAAUCAGUGUCACCCUGAGGGAUUACACCCUCCCCUGCCACCCCGCCUGCUCUGCCUGAUGGGUAGGGAGGUGUCACUCCCACACCAAGGCAUCACGGCAUCACUCACCCAUGGUUGUGUACGUUAGAUUUACGGGACUGGCUUUCAACGGACAAAUACUAAAUCUGGGGAAAAAGUACAAUAAAUUGCAAUCAUCUAUAGUUAAAAUUAAGUGCUUUGCAGACUGAAAGUGCAAAUAUUGUUACUUAAUUGUAUAAUGUAUUUAUCACAAGAGAACAAUUAUGUAAUUUGCAUAGAACUUAUAGUUUGGAAUGCUAUCUGAGAGGAGUGUGUGGGUCAAGGGACAGCAGGUAGCACUUGGUGGCCUACAAAUACAAUGCUUCAUGCUAAGUAUUUUUUUCACAAAAGCAACACCCCAAAAAAGAUUAAUACUUGGUCUUUUGAAAGGCAUAUUGGUGUAUAUAAUUACAUACUUUCCUUAAAUGCAGCCUGUUACCUUGGACAUUAAAUGCAACCCUGCUGGAGUCUGCAGCCUCAUUAUUUUCUCCUUACCACAAACACAACACAGCAAGAGUGUGUGACAUGACAAACUGCAACGUGGUCUGUGGCGUGGGUGCAGAGGUUGAGGAGAAGCUCACAGAUGUGUGGAGGGUUAUCAACAAGGAGACAAGUCAGGCCAGACUCCUUCCACCAUCCUGCAUUUGUCUGUGUUAUAAACCUUCACUACACAAAAACUUGAGAAUCAACAUAACCUCUGCUGCUCCUCAGUGUCAUCACAACAGUGCAGUCAGUCAAGUUUUUCUGUUCUUGACUGUUUUCUUGACAAUAUUUUUUUUUAUGAAAAUGGCCAAAUCCAUCACAAAGACAUGAACUGUGGCAGUGAUAACACUUCUGUAGGAGAAUCUCUUACCUUCCAAAUAUUAGCAACUUACAAUUAACUAAAUCAACAGAGAAUCUCUUACCUUCCAAAUAUUAGCAACACUUACAAUUAACUAAAUCAGUCACCAAGCUUAACACCACACUUGUUGCUCACCAGUCACAGCCGCCACAUGGGAGAUCCUUCAGUGCAACAGGACACACAGCCACAGUCUGACACAUUCUGCUUAUCUUCACUUUAUUGAAAAAUCAUUAUGCAUCUUUCCUCGCUGCCUUCCUGCAACGAGUCACUUGCAUUAGUUGAAAGUCAAAUAAGGCUUUAAAUAAGUUUUGUGGCUGAAUCUAGUUUUCAUAGGAUUACAAUUAUAACAUUAUUAAAUGUAAUCACUUGGUAUACUGGUGUUCUGCCACUUCUUCACUCCAAACAAGAACACCAGUCAUCUGAUUUCAUAACACAUCAAACAAUUAUUACUAUCAAAAUUCAAACUAGGAAAGGCUGUACCAAAGAUUGUACCAAAGAUUCACUACUCCUGAGCAUUCCAAACACACUGUGAUCACUGUUGUUGUAGCAAAGUCUGAAGUUUUGUGUAUCCAUUAAAUCAGGCCAGACUGGUGCUACUCCUACUCCUGCUGCUGCUGUUGCUGCUGCUGCUGCAGUGUACAUGACACUUUGGUUAAGACAAGUUACGGUUCAUGAGUACACACAGUGUGUGGUGGCACCCGUGCAGGUCAGCCGGGUGGUCUGUCGUCUCAAGAUAAAGUAAUCACUUCCUAGUUGAUCGCCUCAUGUAGGAGUUAGAGUUAAAUCCAAGACAGUUGCUCAAAGAAUCACAGACCUAAAAAUUUUGUAAGGAAGUCAAAUCAAAAUGCAUGUUUCAGUGUUGCAUGUAGGAAGCUGUGUAAGAUAGUGACCGUGCAUUAGCAGAAAUGUAAAUUGCAACAUACCAUGAAAAGUAGAAACUAAAAAGAAAACAAUUGUUUAGUCCUUUAGCAGUGAAGUGUGGGAUGUGUUAGUGGGUGAACACUCACUGCACCAGCGCGUGUCUGGCACUCACCAGUUGUGUGCAGUGACUUGAUGGUUCCACAGACAUACCUCAACUUUUCCUUCCCUUCAAGCUGCAUCCCACAGUAAUGUGUGAGGCCAGACUUGCUGGGUAAUGGAUGCCAACACACACACACAUUCCUCACAGUGCAUAGAAACCUCAUCUCUGCAAUCCUUGCUGGCUGGCAGGAGGUGUGGCACUCGGCUUAGCAGACAGAGACUUUGUCACACGAGGCAACAAUUUCAGCAACACACGAAACAUUAAAUGUCAACAAAACAAGGCGACGCAGGAAUUGGAGAAGUUUGGGGAAGACACAGGUAUAAUAAUGAGGACUUCCAGCAUAAUACUCAGUUUGUUGCUGUGACUGUUGCCUCAGAAAUAGCACAAAUUAACAUUGAUGCAGGCAGCUUUGACCUGACACUGUAGUGUUAGCGCAGCUGCUGCCGCCUCACAGGUACACACGCCUGGCCACAGAAAAAGCUGUCACUGAGGCUCACCAAGAGGCAGCGGCCAGCCAACACCUACACUGGUGACACACUCAGCACACACCAAUGGGGAAACACCGACUUAUUUUAUGAUUUUCUUUGAGGAAGGAAGCUGUCACUAGUGUGGGGGAGUGACUGGCGUGCCUCUCCCCGGUCUGGCUGUCGGGAUGGCUUGGUGCAUUGGUCACUUGUAUUUUAUGUACAUAGGUCCUGUCCUCCACAAACAGUUCUUUGGAUUUGAUAUAUUCCUAUUUAAGCUUUUUGUCAGGUAUUACUACCACACUGUAGCAAAGGCUGCAAGAUUUAGCUAUUUUUCAAUAAUAUAGUAUUUGUAACUUUGUAUCAGGGUAGGUCAGACUCAUGUUAUAUUGGUAAUUUUACUCUGGAAAGACGGCAUGAAAACUGCCCUCAAGUGUUACAAUUGAUUCAAACCUUGACAGAGAAUAGGGUGACAGCAGCCAGCAGUGUGGCCUGUCAUGUUCCACAGGGCGGCAGAUACAAUAUGUACAACAAGUGGGCCACGACAACCCUCACAGGGAGGACAGUGAUGAACCUGUCCCCUCCCAGAAAUACACUGCUCCACUGCAGCUUCAGUGACCCUGUACUAGUACCUUUCCUUCCUUUAGACAUAACACUUUGUAUACUCACAACCUGCCUGUCCUGCCUCACGCCUGUGGCAGUCGUCAGCCAGACACUGGCAGGGCAGAUUGAAAGGCAAACACUGUCAAGCUGAUCAAAUUCACUCUAUAAUUAUACACAGGUGAUGUAGAAAAUAUUCUCAGAUAAAUCAGGCUAUACAAGAGUUAAAAUGAUCAAAACAAUAGCCAUUUAUAGAGAACCCGUGAACACAAAAAAUAAAAUGUAAUAAAUUAUUUAAAUCAAGAUAGAGAUAGAAAAUAUUCUUAAAUAAAUAUGAUAAGUUCAAAAUACAAAAGAUACAAAAGCAAAAAUACAAGAUACAAAAGCCAUCUGUUUAGAACUUGUGAAAGCAAAAAUUGUAAUUGAUGAAUUACUUGAAUUAGGUAAGUUUCCAUUUGACAUUAGUAUGAAGCACAAAAAAAAAUGUGAAGAAAAGUUUUGCUUGAUAAGUAGUGACAUUAACAGGUGCAUGUAGGUAAAUAUGCAUUUCACCAAGAGUGUAGUGCUCAGAAAGCCAAUCUUCAAAGCAAAUACAGUCCUGUCUGAAAAGACUCGAGCAACACUCAGCAAGGCCUUCACUCACUCGCACACACACUUCUUGUGACAAAGCAAUGUUCUCAAAUAAAAAAAAAAAAAUUCAAAAUAUGUCAAGACUUGUAAAAAGUAAAAUGUACAAUUCUGAUAAAAACAUGUGGAAUUCACAUAAAAAUAUGCAAUUAUGAUAAAAAUGUGCAAUUCUGAUAAAAAUUGUGCAAUUCUGAUAAAAAUUAAAAGUGCAAUUGUAAUAAAAAUAGCAUUAUGAAAAAUGUGCAAUUCUGAUGUAAAAUGUGCAAUUCUCAUGAAAAUUGUGCAAUUCUGAUAUAAAAUUUGCAGUUGAUAAAAAUGUGCAAUUCUGAUAAAAAAAAAUUGCAAUUCUGAUGAAAAAUGUGCAAUUCUGAUAAAAAAUUGCAAUUCUGAUGAAAAAUGUGCAAAUCUGAUGUUAAAGGAAAAAGUGCAAUUCUGGUGAAGUAUUUUUCACCUAGAAAGUCAAAGUUGUACACAUGACCUUGCAUUUCCACACAGAACCAGCACCUGGUCAGGCAGCAACCCAACAAUCACUCUCAGCCUGCAGCACUGCCCUGCUGCCCAGGCUGCGGCACCAGCCGUGGUGUGUCCGGGCAAGUGUUGCAGCCGAGGCCACUCCUGCGGGUCUUGAAUUGCUACCGGCAGCUCUUAGUGUAUCUGUAACAAAGUUUAUUUUUCCUCAUAUUACAUCACUACUGCUGUAUGUCAGAUCAUUUUAUCUUUUUCAUGUUCUUAACACUGUACACACUUACAUUACUUUUUUGCUACUGUAAUUUCCUGCUGUUAUCAUAUUAUACAGUAUAUAAUGCGAGGUCAAAGUUUUAUAAGCUGAUAAUAACACUUUUGUUCACCAUCAGUUUCAUAAGGUUAAGGUUUGGCAUGAGGGACCAUCGAAGAUUUCGAUGUUUUGUUUAAAUAAUGAAGUAUUUUCCUGAGAUGUGGUGCCAGCAAGCUGACCCCACCCAGCCCCUGGCUGCCCCUGCCCUUGAACACCCUGCCCAGCACAGUACGUGAGGAGCAGGGCUGGAGGGGCACGGACAAGGCAGGGAUGUGUGUGUGUGGCUCCAUGCUGGGCCUGGCAUGAAGGGCUCCCCCCAUCACGCCCACCACUGCUCUCAUUACCAAUACGAGUGUAAUUUUUAUUGCUUUAUCUACUAUGUUGAAAUUUCUAGAUGUCUUGUGAAUAUUGUUAAUUAAAGAAACUAUCCCAUUUU